GCAAUAUCAUUUCAAGCUAAGAUAUUAACAGCUCAUUGGAUAAUUACUUGUAUUCUGAGCAAGAUGUCAUCCAUGUUCAAUAAGACAAGAGCUGUCAGUUGUCCACGAAGCUGGGAUGGAUAUUUGGAAGCUGCCUCCAAACUUUGUCCUCAGAUUGACGGCGAGUAUAAUUAUAUUUGUGUCCCAAACCAAAACAAAACAGAGCUUGUUCAAUUCUGUUUCAGAAGUGGAAGGUUUCCUGCUUGGCAGUUAGCCGAGCAUUGUCCAUACCUUCACAAUACUGGUCACAUGAAUGCUGAGAAUUGCACAAGAUUUUCAUAUGGAUGCCCGAGAAAACAUUACAUGACUAAAGAGAUUUAUAAAUAUCAAGCGUGUUUAGAUAUAGAUCCAGAAAGAGGAUGUUACGUUGCAGAUUCAAAUUGCAGCAAGUCACUGACCUCAGCAAUGACUCCAGCUAGUACAUCCCCAGCAGCAGGGAAUGGAGUAACAAUAGCCCUGUCCGUUGUUUUUGGUGUGAUAUUUUGUCUGCUUAUCUCAGUACUGCUAUCAUUCAUCUAUAUGAAGAAAAGAAGAAAAUACAGGAAGGAAAAACACAAAGACAUCAACUCCCAUCCAGCAAAAAAAUAUAAAAGAACGGAAAACGAAUAUGUAAAACUCCUAGGAAAUUUGGCAGAAAACGAAAGAGAAACGGUUAACGAACCAAAUGUGUCGUUACAUGAAUUAGGUUACAUUUCAGAAAAACCAAACGCCAAAAUUAUGGAUUUCAAAGAUAAAAGAAAUACAAAAGCACAUGCUCUUUAUUCUGCCUGUGAGAAUGGAAAUACAGAUUUGUGUCGAUACCUCCUCAAUCACUAUCCAGACAUGCUUAAUCAGGUAGAUGAUGAUGGAUGGAAUGCCGUAUUAUAUGCUACACAAGGAGGAAACGUUGAAAUUCUAGAACUUCUGGCACAAAAAGGCGUCGACAUGACAUAUAAAAAUAGGAAUGGCAGUAAUAUUCUUCAUAUUGCUUGUGUCAAUUCUCGAUUAGAAAUGUGCAAACAUAUAUUCUAUCAUUAUCCAGACAUGCUUAAUCAGGUAGAUGAUAAUGGAUGGAAUGUCGCAUUCUAUGCCGCACAAGGAGGAAAUGUUGAAAUUCUAGAACUUCUGGCACAAAAAGGCGUGGACAUGACAUAUAAAAAUAAAUAUGGCGGAAAUAUUCUUCACAUUGCUUGUCUUAAUUCUAAAUUAGAAAUGUGCCAAUAUAUCAUCCAACAUUAUCCAGACAUGCUUAAUCAGGUAGAUGAUUAUGUAUGGAAUGUCGCAUUCCAUGCCGCACGAGGAGGAAAUGUUGAAAUUCUAGAACUUCUGGCACAAAAAGGCGUGGACAUGACAUAUAAAAAUAAUGAUGGCGGAAAUAUUCUUCACAUUGCUUGUCUUAAUUCUAAAUUAGAAAUGUGCCAACAUAUCAUCCAACAUUAUCCAGAUAUGCUUAAUCAGGUAGAUGAUGACGGAUGGAAUGUCGCAUUAUAUGCCGCACAAGGAGGAAAUGUUGAAAUUUUAAAACUUCUGGCAGAAAAAGGCGUCGACAUGAAACAUAAAAACAAGGUUGGCUGUAGUUUUCUUCAUAUUGCUUGUAUGAACUCUAAAUUAGAAAUGUGCCAAUAUAUCAUCCAACAUUAUCCAGAUAUGCUAAAUCAGGUAGAUGAUAAUGGAUGGAAUUUCGCAUUCUAUGCCGCACAAGAAGGAAAUGUUGAAAUUUUAAAACUUCUGGCAGAAAAAGGCGUCGACAUGAAACAUAAAAACGAGGUUGGCUGUAGUGUUCUUCAUAUUGCUUGUAUGAACUCUAAAUUAGAAAUGUGCCAAUAUAUCAUCCAACAUUAUCCAGAUAUGCUAAAUCAGGAAGAUUAUAAUGGAGAGAAUGCUGCAUUUUAUGCUGCAAAAGGAGGAAAUGUUGAAAUUUUAAAACUUCUGGCAGAAAAAGGCGUCGGUCUAGCAUAGAAAAAAAGCUAAGCGGUUUUAUUCUUCACACUCUUGUUAGAAUUCUUAGUUUUUGUGCCAUACUAGUAUUCACCAUUAUCCUGAUGUACCGGUAUCUAAGCAAGUACACAAUGCAGGAAGUAAUUCCGCUUUUUAAAUUUGCCUCCUAGGUAGGCGAAGUUAAAUCGAAAUUUUAGAACUUCUGGCAUAAAAGGCGUCAACUUGUCAUGUCUUAGCGCAAAAUACAGCAUUAAACAUGUAUGGUGAGUUUGAAGCGAGGCACAAGAUGCUGGGAGUACACAUAUUACAAGAUCAGAACAGAAGCAAUGUGGUGAUUUUGAUAUUGAGGAUGAUUGUUUGACCUCUCGGCCCAAAGCCUCUUCAAAUUUUGGAAAACACCAUGAUGAAUGCGUUAAAUAAAGUGGUUUUAACGUUUGAGUUUAUUGACUUCCAA